AUGGCUCCGUCCCAGAAUCCAGUUCCCGGGCCGUCCGGCCACACCGUCGCCGUACAAUCUCUCACCGCGUUGACGAAUGGUGGUGCACCAAACUUUGUGCCGCCGAAAACCACCGUGGCCACUGAGAACGGAAUCAGCAGCUCUGAGAUUAAGGGUUGGAGAGAAACUCUCAAUGACGACGAUUUUGCGGUAUUGGCGUUGCGUAACCUGAUUUUUGACAUCUGCAACCAAAACGGUGGAGGUCACGGUGGCUCUGCAAUUGGCAUGGCCGCCAUUGGUGUUGCCCUCUACAAGCACAUCAUGCGUUACAACCCCAACAACGCUGAGUGGUUUGAUAGAGACAGAUUCGUGCUUUCCAAUGGCCACGCCGCAAUGUUCCUGUACGCUCUAAACCACCUGGUCGGAUACGAGAACUUUUCAAUGGACGAGAUCAAAGGAUAUGGAAGUGCCAAGAUCAACGGAUACACAACGAUAUGUCACGGCCAUCCUGAGAUCGAAGUUCCUGGAGUUGAGGUAACCACAGGUCCAUUGGGACAAGGCAUUGCGAAUGCUGUAGGCCUGGCGAUAGCUUCCAAGCAUCUUGCGGCGCGCUACAACCGACCGGGCUUCGAGGUUGUACAGUCACGAAUGUACUGCAUGACUGGCGAUGGAUGCCUUAUGGAGGGCGUUGCACUUGAAGCCAUAUCUCUUGCCGGUAGCCUCCAACUCGACAAUUUGGUAGUCCUGUACGACAACAACCAAGUCACUUGUGAUGGACCACUCGACUGGAUUAACACAGAAGACGUCAACUCUAAGAUGCGUGCUUCGGGUUGGCACGUCCUCGAGAUUACCAACGGCAACCACGAUGUGGAUGCGGUAGUCUCAGCCCUUCAAUACUCCAAGUCGCUCAAGGGAAAGCCGGUGUUCAUCAACAUCCGAACAGUGAUAGGGCUGGGAACCAGAGUUGCUGGAACCUUCAAAGCCCAUCAUGGCGCGUUCGACUCCGACAGUGUGGCGAUAUCAAAGCGCUUGGCCGGACAGGACCCAGCCGUGACACAUAAAGUGCCGUCAUCAUCUUUGGAGUAUUUCCGCGAGCGCAAGUCACAUGGAGAAUACCUUGAGGCAGAGUGGAAUGCUCUUCUGCAGAGGUACCAGGUGGCCUAUGCUGAUUUGGCCUCUGAGUUUCAUAAGGCCAGACAUGGCGAACGCGGAUCUCAAGGGCUCGAAAUUCUCAAACAAGCUGAGUCCAAUCAGUUUCAGAGCAUGGCCACGCGUGAAGUCAACGGAGCUCUGAUGGAGAAGCUUUGGAAGGCCUGCCCUACAAUGUUUGGAGGAGGCGCAGACCUUGUCAAUUCGAACAAGGUCCCUUAUCUGGAGUCAGACGUGUGCCACCCGUCUGUCAGCUAUGCCGGCCGAUACAUUCGAUAUGGCAUUCGAGAACAUGCAAUGGCCGCGAUCUCCAAUGGACUAGCUGCUUAUGGACCUGGAACCUUUCUGCCUGUCACGGCAACGUUUUUCAUGUUUUACCUAUAUGCUGCACCUGGUGUUCGUAUGGGAGCUCUGAGCCACUUGCCGGUGAUCCACAUUGCAACUCAUGAUUCAUUUGCUGAGGGGCAAAACGGCCCAACGCAUCAGCCGGUCGAAAUCGACUCCCUCUAUCGCGCCAUGCCGAACUUGACCUACAUCAGACCAUGUGACGCGGAAGAGACCAUCGGAGCCUGGAUGCUCGCACUGGAAAACCGCCAUGGACCAACGAUGCUGUCUCUUGGAAGAGACCCUACUGGACCAGUUCCCUCGACUGAUCGAUUCAAGGUUGCCAAGGGCGCAUACGUGGUCAAGGAGACACAGCAAGCAGAGCUCACACUCUACGCAAAAGAGCUCAAUGCUAUCAUCAUUGGCGCCGGCCCGGCUGGUAUUGCCAUGGCAUACCGACUGAAGCAUGAAUUGAAAUUCGAAGACUUCACCAUCGGAUGCGACCUCAAGUCACAACUGUAUUCAUUCAGUUUCAAUUUGAACCCCAAUUGGUCCAAAGAGCUUUGCGAGCAACCUGAGAUCCUCCAGUAUAUGGAAGAUACAUGCACCAAGUUCGACCUACACAAACAUGUGCACACCUCGGUUGAAUGCAUGGGAGCGAAAUGGCACAAUGAGAUAUCCAAGUGGGAAGUCAACCUCAAGGACCUCAAGACCGGCAUCGAGUACUCUCGAUACGCCUCUGUGUUGGUUUCUGCCGUCGGUGCCAUUUCUUUUCCCCGAGACGUGAAGUUCCCGGGUAUGGAGAAAUUCCAGGGUGCUAUGUUUCACACAGCUAGAUGGGAUCACAGCGUUGACUACACGAACAAGAGAAUCGCUGUCAUUGGAAACGGCUGCAGUGCUGCGCAAGUCGUCCCAGCAGUUGCCAAGCACGCGGCCUUUGUCAAGCAGUAUGCCCGAAGCGGACAAUGGUUUCACGCCCGACCGAAUCGCGAGUACAGCGAGACCGAAAAAUUCAUGUUUCGAUGGAUCCCUCUGUUGAUGCGAUGGCUCAGGCUUCAGAUCUUCAUGGAUGCGGAUGAGGAGUCAGCAACCUACUUCGGCACUCCCAAGGGAUUAAAGGCUCGUGCUGAGACGGAAGCAGAGUCGAAGAAGUACAUUCGUUCCAUUGCACCCCAGAAGUACUGGGAUCACAUCAUUCCAAACUUCCCUUUGGGGUGCAAGCGUCGAAUCUUCGACCCGGGCUAUCUCGAAAGUCUCAACCUUCCGAAUGUCGAGCUUCUCCCCGAAGGCAUCCAAGAGAUUACAGAGACGGGCAUUAUCAGCUCUUCCGGUGCACAGGACGACUUCGACAUUAUCGUCUUGGCAACAGGCUUCCAGGUCUCCCAGUUCUUGACCCCUAUGCAUAUUAUCGGUGCUACGGGUGUCUCCUUGCACGACCAAUGGAAAGCUUGCCGGGGUGCGCAGGCCUACCUCGGAACACACGUGCACAAUUUUCCCAACCUUGCCAUCUUGUUUGGCCCGAACACAUUUCCUGCCAACAACUCGGCUCUUUUUGCGUGCGAAACUCAGGUCGACUAUACGGUCAAGUCGUUGUUCAAGCCCCUCAUAGAUCGAAAGGCAGCGGUGAUCGAAGUCAAGCAGGCGGCCGAAGACCGUGAGACGAACGCGAUCCACAAGUCUCUGCGUGAUACUGUGUUCGCUGGAGACUGCUCCAACUGGUACAUUGGAGAUUUCGGCAGAAAUGCUGCGUCUUGGCCCGGUCUUGCCAGAUCGUUUUGGUUCAAGACCUACUUCCCCGACUGGUCUGCGUUCAACAUGACUGGCGGAAGCGCUAUCUGGCCCUUGUUCACACUUAAUGAAAAGAGUCUCUUCAUAGAGAAAGCGUUCAUUGAGGGGCAGUGGGUAUCCAGGGAGAGAAAGUUUGACGUGUUUGAACCAGCAACUGGAACGAAGCUGGGACAGGUCGCGGACUGUGACGUUGAGGACUUCAAGAAAGCCAUCAUCAGCGCCGAAAAGGCGCAAGUCGACUUCUUCAGCAACACCACGGGCACCUCGCGAGGGGCUUUGCUCAGAAAGUGGUAUGAUCUCAUUCUUGCUAACCAGCAGGACAUCGCGACUAUUCUUAGUCUUGAGAAUGGAAAGACAUUUGCUGAAGCCAAGGGCGAAGUGGUGUAUGCUGCUAACUUCAUUUCUUGGUUUGCCGAAGAGGCCACCCGGGCGUAUGGCGUCACGAUUCCGUCUUCUAGCCCGCACACGACAUUGCUUACCAUUCGCGAACCGGUGGGCGUUGGGCCAGCUAUUGCGGCUGGCUGCUCGGUCGUUAUCAAGCCGCCCAGUGAGACCCCAUACACCUGUCUCGCCUUAACAAAGCUAGCAAUUGAGGCGGGCUUGCCUCCCACUCUUAUUCAAGUCUGUCCUACGAAGAAUCGUCAAGCGGCAACUGAGCUUGCCACUAACCCCGCGGUCCGCAAAAUCAGCUUCACUGGAUCUACUGGAGUGGGCAAAAUGCUUGCGAAACUUGCGGCUGGGACUUUGAAACGGGUCAGUCUGGAACUUGGGGGAAACGCACCGUUCAUUGUAUUUGAUGAUGCCGACCUGGACCUCGCGGUAGAAGGCGCAAUGUUCUGCAAAUUUCGAUGCUCGGGGCAGACCUGUGUGUGUGCGAACAGGCUCUACGUCCAAAAGGGCGUGGCCAAGGAAUUUACUGCCAGGCUUGUGAAGAAGGUAGCCGAGCUCAAGAUGGGCCCUGGUCUUGCUUCAUCAACGACACAGGGUCCGCUGGUCAACAAAGCUGCAGUCGAGAAAGUGAAGGAGCACGUCGCGGAUGCGACGUCAAAAGGCGCCAAGGUUGAGAUAGGGGGGCAGACGGCAGAGUCAUCUGGCUUUUUCUUCCGGCCAACCGUCCUAUCGGGAGCUACUCCAGACAUGGUCGUGAGCAACGACGAGACAUUCGGACCUCUUGCGCCAGUAUUCGAGUUCGAUACUGAGAAAGAUGCACUGCGAUUGGCAAACAACACCGAGUUUGGGCUUGCGGGAUACUUCUUCUCAAAGGAUAUCAGCCGUGCGAUGCGCAUGGCCCAACAGCUUCAAGUUGGCAUGGUUGGAGUCAACACAGGCAAAAUAAGCGCUCCCGAAGCGCCAUUUGGGGGAAUCAAGGAGAGCGGGUACGGUCACGAGGGAAGUCUUUAUGGUCUUGAGGAGUAUCAGAACAUUAAGAGCAUCACCAUCGGUAACCAGGAUGCGGGGGCAGCUUGA